AUGUCUUCGGACCGAGACAAAGACCAAGGUCACAUCGACCAGCUUCUAGAGCGUUAUCUCGCCCUGCUAGACGAGUACACAGCGCUGCGCAAACAGCUCUCCAGUCUCCAGUCAGACGUAUAUCACAAUAUCGCCCGGGCGAACUUUUCCGGCGAACGUGGCCUGAGAUAUGGCCAGGAUCACUACGAUGAGAGAAUGAGAGCCAGUCGACGGGUUGGCAUAACGAACGCUGAAAAUGGGCUUCCCAGAUUCACUGUGACGACAAUUUCUCAGGAGGAUUCCACCCUUGUAGAGGCGGAAAAGAAUGUGCAAGAAGAAAAACUUGCGGAGAAAGCUCAUGACGUAUCUGGAGAUGGCCAACCCGUCAGGUCGCCAGGUACAGGAGGAGAAGAGGGCGACAAGGAGGAGACGAAGAGUAACGAGACGGGCGAUCCUCUUCGUUGGUUUGGCAUUCUAACGCCCAUGCCGCUGCGGGCUGCUCAGCGCCAUUCCAUCAGGGCUGUCGAGGACGUCGUCCCGCGCCUGGUGUCUGUCAAUGCGGAGAUGCAGCAUGUUGAGAUCGAAGUGAGGAGGGCGCGCAAGAGGAGGGCCAAGGCAGCAGCUGCGCAGAGCAAGGGCAGGGCUGCAGAGGCGGCUACUACGUUGGGCCAAGAAGUCGGGGCUGCUUAA